AUGCCCUUGCUGGACGGUCCCCGAAACGCUGAAACUGUCAAUACCAGCGUCCACCAUGGCCUCUCCGUCAUCGAUGGGAUCGACCCCCUUGCAGAGCGAGAAAGCUUCAGUCAGGAUUCUAAUAGGCGCCAAAAGAUCGUAGUGGUGGGACUGGGGAUGGUUGCCGUUGCGUUUAUAGAAAAGCUUGUUAAACUAGAUUCAGAAAAACGCAAAUACGAUAUUGUUGUCAUUGGAGAAGAACCACACAUUGCCUACAACCGUGUGGGUUUGUCGUCCUACUUUGAGCACCGCAAAAUCGAGGAUCUAUACCUCAACCCAAAAGAAUGGUAUGGCUCCUUCAAAGACCGAUCUUUCGAUUAUUAUCUCAACACUCGGGUAACCGACGUCUUUCCUCAAUAUAAAACCGUCAAGACCUCAAUCGGUGACAUAAUUGCUUACGAUACCCUCGUUCUCGCGACUGGAUCAGACGCCGUUCUUCCUACUAGCACACCUGGCCAUGAUGCCAAGGGCAUAUUCGUUUAUCGUACCAUCUCUGAUCUUGAACGUCUCAUGGACUUCGCUUCCACUCACAAGGGUCAAACCGGCGUCACGGUUGGGGGAGGGCUACUCGGUCUGGAAGCCGCCAAAGCCAUGACGGAUCUUGAAGAUUUCGGCAGUGUCAAGUUAAUAGACCGCAACAAAUGGGUUCUGGCUAGACAACUUGAUGGUGAUGCUGGUUCCCUUGUAACAAAGAAGAUCAGGGACCUUGGUUUGGAGGUGCUUCACGAAAAGCGCGUGGCGAAAAUCCAUACCGACGAUGAUAACAAUGUGACGGGUGUGCUUUUCGAGGAUGGUCAGGAGAUCAAUUGCUGCUGCAUAUGUUUCGCGAUCGGAAUUCGACCACGAGAUGAACUGGGGGGCAGUGCUGGAAUUCAGUGCGCUAGACGGGGUGGUUUCGUUAUUGAUGAGAGCUUACGAACAUCAGUCGACGAUAUUUAUGCAAUUGGCGAAUGUGCCAGCUGGGAAAACCAAACGUUCGGUAUCAUUGCUCCUGGUAUCGAGAUGGCCGACGUGCUCUCAUUCAACUUGACGAACCCCGACAAAGAACCUAAGAAAUUCAACAGGCCCGAUCUGAGUACGAAGCUCAAGCUGCUGGGAGUGGACGUUGCCAGUUUCGGGGACUUUUUUGCUGACAGGGAUGGGCCUAAAUUUCUUCCAGGCCAACGGCCUUCUGCGGAAAAUGUUGGAAGCGCAGACUUCGCAGGCGAAGAAGAGCCUCAAGUCAAGGCCCUUACGUACAGAGAUCCAUUUGGCGGAGUUUACAAAAAGUACUUGUUCACUAUGGAUGGGAAAUACCUGUUAGGAGGUAUGAUGAUUGGUGACACGAAAGACUACGUCAAGCUCAACCAGAUGGUCAAGACACAGAAGCCCUUGGAGGUACCACCCAGCGAGUUUAUCCUAGGCGCUCAAAGUGGCGGGGAGGAGAAUGCGGACGACCUUGAUGACAGCACCCAGAUCUGCUCAUGUCACAAUGUAACAAAGGGUGAUGUGGUCGAGAACGUCAAAAGCGGCACUUGCAAAACAUUAGCUGAAGUAAAGUCAUGCACCAAGGCUGGCAGCGGCUGUGGAGGCUGCAUGCCCCUGGUACAGUCAAUCUUCAACAAGACGAUGUUGGAUAUGGGUCAAGAAGUCUCCAAUCACUUGUGUAUCCAUAUUCCGUACUCGAGAGCCGACCUCUACAAUGUCAUUGCAAUUCGACAGUUGAGGACUUUUGACGACGUUAUGAAGUCUGUUGGAAAAUGCGCUGACUCUCUCGGGUGCGAAAUCUGCAAACCGGCCAUCGGCUCAAUCCUCGCAAGUCUUUUCAACCCACACAUUAUGGAUAAGGAGUAUCAUGAGUUGCAAGAUACCAACGACAGAUUCCUUGCCAAUAUCCAAAGGAACGGUACAUUUUCUGUCGUCCCUCGUGUUCCCGGGGGAGAAAUCACGGCAGACAAGUUAAUCGCUAUCGGUCAAGUAGCGAAGAAAUAUGACCUAUACUGCAAAAUCACGGGUGGCCAGCGUAUCGAUAUGUUUGGUGCUAAGAAGCAAGAUCUACUCGAAAUCUGGACUGCUCUCGUUGAUGCUGGUAUGGAGAGUGGUCAUGCUUAUGCCAAGUCACUUCGAACCAUCAAGAGCUGUGUUGGAACUACGUGGUGCCGGUUUGGUGUAGGGGAUAGUGUUGGUAUGGCUAUUCGACUAGAGCAACGAUACAAGAGUAUCCGAGCUCCUCACAAAUUCAAGGGUGCCGUAUCUGGUUGCGUUCGAGAGUGUGCCGAGGCGCAAAACAAAGACUUCGGUCUUAUUGCUACCGAAAAAGGUUUCAACAUCUUCGUUGGCGGAAACGGAGGCGCCAAACCCCGACACUCAGAGUUACUCGCUAAAGACGUGCCACCGGAAGAGGUUAUCCCUAUUCUGGACCGCUAUGUCAUCUUCUAUAUCAGAACAGCGGACAAGCUGCAGCGAACAGCGCGGUGGCUCGAAAAUCUCCCAGGAGGGAUCGAAUAUCUCAAAGACGUCGUUCUCAACGACAAACUUGGGAUAGCAGCAGAAAUGGAGAAGCAAAUGCAAGCGCUGGUUGACAGCUACUUCUGUGAAUGGACCGAGACCGUCAGAAACCCCAAGAGACGCAAGUAUUUCCAACAAUUCGCCAAUACUGACGAGACAAUCGAAACUGUGGAGAUCGUCAAGGAGCGUGAACAAGUGCGUCCGACAUACUGGCCCAAGGACGGAGCAAGUGAAGAUUUCAAGGGCCAUGAAUGGUCUAGUCUCUCAUGGCAGCCCGUCAUCAAAGCCGAUUACUUUUCAGACGGCCCACCUGCAAUCUCUUCCGCCAACAUCAAGCGCGGAGACACGCAGUUGGCCAUUUUUAAAGUCAAGGGCAAGUACUACGCUACGCAGCAAAUGUGUCCUCACAAACGGGCGUUCGUCCUAUCCGAUGGCUUGAUUGGAGACGACGACGCCGGAAAGUACUGGGUGUCGUGUCCAUACCACAAGCGUAACUUUGAACUCAACGGCGAGCAGUCAGGCCGUUGCUCGAACGACGAGGAAAUGAAUAUUGCCACUUUCCCAGUCGAGCAGCGCGAGGAUGGCUGGAUUUACAUGAAGCUUCCUCCUGUCGAGGAGCUCGAUUCCAUUCUUGGUACAGAGAAGUGGAAAGUUAGGAAGGGUGAGGCUGCAGAUCCGUUUGAGGCGUACGACAGGAAGUACAAGGGGAUGAAAGGCAAGAGGGCUACGGGGAAGGGGAUUGAGGGCAGUAGGCCAGUCCGUUCCACAGAUACCAUCGACUGGUAA